AUGAAUAGAGCUACUUAUCGAAAUUAUUAUCCACAUCAAGGAGAUGGAUCAGGAAGAAGAAAUAUGAAUCAAAGGCAACAUAGACAACAACAAAAUCAGCAACAAAAUUCACAUCAAAAUUCACAUCAACAUCAAAAUCAACAAUAUAAAGAUAGAAAUACAAAUUAUUAUCUUGAAAAACCUUCAAUAUAUAACAAUUUUGUUAAUCCUACCAAGAUAUGGAAUGAUUCAGUUUCAACAAGUUCGCCAGUUACAUUAGAUGUUAAUCAUUCAUAUCCUCAAAGAAGAUUUUCUCCUCAACCAUCAAUAAAUCAAUCUCAAUCACAACCAACUCAACCUCAAACAUUAAUAUCAAAUCCAUCUUUGCAAUCAACUAGAAAACCAAUGUCACCAAGAAAUCAAACUUCACAACAACAACAACAAUUAUAUUCAAAUAAAAGAUAUAAUGAUAAUGAUUAUUCAAAUCAUUAUAUACACACGGGGGAACAACCAUCAAAAUUUGUUCGUAAUGUUAAAAAUCCAGUUGAAGGAUAUCCAAAAUUACAACGUCUUUUCCAAUUAAAAGAACGUCAAACUCAAGCAUAUGCAUGUACACCAUUUGGAUCAAGAUGUGAAGUUGAUAAUAUGGUUCCAACUUUAAAAAAAUGGAUCAAUAAAGAUCAAUUAGUAUUUGAUGUUAUUAUGAUUGGUUCAUUAACUGAAAAUCAAUUUAUUUAUCCAUUGUUAACUCAAUUACCCUUGGAAAAAUUAUGUUCCAAACCUGGAUUUUUAUUUGUUUGGGCAUCGGGACAAAAAAUUAAUGAAUUAACAAGAUUAUUAAAUAGUGAUUCAUGGGCCAAGAGAUUUAGAAGAUCUGAAGAAUUAGUAUUUGUUCCAGUUGAUAAAAAUUCACCAUAUUAUCCCAACAAGGAUUCUCAAGAUGAUGAAUCAUUAUUUGAAAAAAUGCAAUGGCAUUGUUGGAUGUGUAUUACUGGAACAGUGAGAAGAUCAACAGAUGGAAAUUUAAUUCAUUGUAAUGUUGAUACAGAUUUAAAUAUUGAAGAUGAAGAUUUAAAUAAUGAAGAAAAUAAGAAUUUAAUUGUUCCAAAUCAUAUUUAUAAAGUUGCAGAAAAUUUUAGUAGUGCAAAUAGAAGAUUACAUAUUAUACCAUCAAGAUCAGGAUAUAAUAAUCCAGUUAGACCAAGACGUGGUUGGGUUAUAAUGAGUCCAGAUAUUAUUUUAGAUAAUUUUGAACCAAAACGUUACAAGGAUGAAAUUUUAGAAAUUGGUGUUAAUGUACCACAAGAUUCUGAAAUUGAAAAUUUAAGACCAAAAAGUCCAAUACCAAGAAAUUCAAAUUUAAAUCAAACUACAAUGGCUCAUUGA